GACCCAGGCCUGCAGCUUGUCACUCUAGCACCCGCCCUGAUCUGUGUUACAAGCUUCGCGGCCAUUCUUGAAUUUUCCCAGGACGGGAUGACAGAAGUCUGGACCUCGGAACUUGCUUUGGAGCGAUGGUUUAAAGACCACUCAGAGCAGGGCUGGGAACUAGCGGUUCUAAAGUUGGCAGCGUUUCCAUGGUGUCGGCCCAGGAGCCGUGGGGGCGGGCUCACGCAAACGCAGAGGGGGAGGCAGGAUUUAGAGUGUGGGUGCGCAGGCGCCUUGAGAGACUGUGAAGCCGGUGGCCGGUGGCCGGGUGGGACCAACAAAGAUGGCGGCGGCCCUUGCGGCGGGAGAGAUCUGGGCAACAGCUGCGGCUAAAGCUGCAGCCCGGCCGGCGGGGGGGCUGCACGGGGGUAGGAGGGGGUGACCCUGAGCUGGAGUCUGGCCCUGGCUGGCCUCCCCUGCCACCUCGCAGGGGGACAGGUCCAGCCUGUGGUGUCCACAAUGCCCCAGGCCUCUGAGCACCGCCUGGGCAGGACCCGAGAACCACCUGUCAAUGUCCAACCCCGAGUGGGAUCUAAGCUACAAUUUGCCCCCCGGGCCCGCAGCAAGGAGCGCCGCAACCCAGCCCCUGGGCCAAACCCUAUGUUACGACCUUUGCCUCCUCGGCCAGGUCCCCCUGAUGAACGGCUCAAGAAACUGGAGCUUGGACGGGGUCGGACCUCAGGCCCUCGUCCCAGAGGCCCCCUUCGGGCAGAUCAUGGGGUUCCCCUGCCUGGCUCACCACCCCCAACUGUGGCUCUGCCCAUCCCAUCCCGGACCAACCUAGCCCGUUCCAAGUCUGUGAGCAGUGGGGACUUACGUCCAAUGGGGAUUGCCUUGGGAGGGCAUCGUGGCACUGGAGAGCUGGGGGCUGCACUCAGCCGCUUGGCACUCCGGCCUGAGCCACCCACUUUGAGACGUAGCACUUCUCUCCGCCGUCUUGGGGGCUUUCCUGGACCCCCGACCCUGCUGAGCAUACGGACAGAGCCCCCCACUUCCCAUGGCUCCUUCCACAUGAUAUCUGCCCGGCCCUCUGAGCCUUUCUACUCUGAUGACAAGAUGGCUCAUCAUACGCUGCUUCUGGGCUCUGGUCAUGUUGGCCUCCGAAAUCUGGGAAAUACAUGCUUCCUGAAUGCUGUGCUGCAGUGUUUGAGCAGCACUCGGCCUCUUCGAGACUUCUGUCUACGAAGGGACUUCCGGCAAGAGGUACCUGGAGGGGGCCGAGCCCAAGAGCUUACUGAAGCCUUUGCAGAUGUGAUUGGUGCCCUCUGGCAUCCUGACUCCUGUGAAGCUGUGAAUCCUACUCGAUUCCGAGCCGUCUUCCAGAAAUAUGUUCCCUCCUUCUCUGGAUACAGCCAGCAGGAUGCCCAGGAAUUCCUGAAACUCCUCAUGGAGCGGCUGCAUCUUGAAAUCAACAGACGAGGUCGCCGGGCUCCACCAAUCUUGGCCAAUGGUCCAGCUCCUUCUCCACCUCGCCGAGGAGGGACUCUACUGGAAGAACCCGAGUUAAGUGAUGAUGAUCGAGCCAACCUAAUGUGGAAGCGUUACCUGGAGCGAGAGGACAGCAAGAUUGUGGACCUGUUUGUGGGCCAGUUGAAAAGUUGUCUCAAGUGCCAGGCCUGUGGGUAUCGCUCCACAACCUUCGAGGUUUUUUGUGACCUGUCCCUGCCCAUCCCCAAGGUGGGAUUCCAGAGGAUUCCAGGGGUGGAAGGAACACAGAAAGGAUUUGCUGGGGGCAAAGUGUCUCUGCGAGAUUGUUUCAGCCUUUUCACCAAGGAAGAAGAGCUAGAGUUGGAGAAUGCCCCAGUAUGUGACCGAUGUCGGCAGAAAACACGAAGUACCAAAAAGUUGACAGUACAAAGAUUCCCCCGAAUCCUCGUGCUCCAUCUGAAUCGAUUCUCCACCUCCCGAGGGUCCAUCAAGAAAAGUUCAGUAGGUGUAGACUUCCCACUACAGCGACUGAGCCUAGGGGAUUUUGCCAGUGACAAAGCAGGAAGUCCUGUUUACCAGCUUUAUGCCCUCUGCAAUCACUCGGGCAGCGUCCACUAUGGCCACUACACAGCCCUGUGCCGAUGCCAGACUGGUUGGCAUGUCUACAAUGACUCUCGUGUCUCCCCUAUAAGUGAAAAUCAAGUGGCAUCCAGUGAAGGCUAUGUGCUGUUCUACCAACUGAUGCAGGAGCCAACUCGGCACCUGUGAAACCCUUUCAACACCCUUAAGCCCCAGGCUCCCCAUUUACCUCAGAGACGUCUAUUUUUGUGUCUUUUUAAUCGGGGAGGGGGGAGGGGGUGGUUGUAGCUCCCAUUAUUUUUUUUAUUAAAAGUACCCUUCCACUGGAGACUCCCUCGUCUCCCAGCCCUGUGUACAGAGCUUAUCAGGCCCCUGCCCAUGUACAGCCCCCAUACCCUCUGCAAUCUCACUUUUUGUGAAUAAAUUUAUUAAGAAAAAGUAA